AUGGACGAUAGCGAGACUUACAUGAAUGUGAAGUUCUCAAAAACACGGUCUUCCUCCCGAAGUCCGCAUAAGCAAGAGCCGAACGAGAACUUCGGAGAUGGACCGGACCGUAGAAUCUGCAUACUCUGCCUCGUUACGUCCGUCCUCUUCGUGACCGUGGUCGGGCUGUCGAUCUAUGUAUCGCAGAUUCAUCAGUCUCUUAAACGAAUGCACAUCGAUCUCCAUCACCAGUUCACUGACAUGGAAACGAAGUACAGAUCUAUUAACGAAACCAAGGCUCAAAUCUGUAAAUUUUUGAUCGGCAGAAGAGAGACAACGUGUCCCCAGGAAUGGAUCAAAAAUGAAGACCGUUGUUAUUUCAUAUCCACGUUUGGAACCUUUUAUGAUGGAGCGAGGCAAAAUUGUUCGGAACUUGAUUCAAGGCCCCUCGAAAUAAAUUUAAACAAGGAAAAGAAGUUUGUUUCCAAAGCUGUCGAACGAUACGUAACAUACUGGAUUGGAAAAUGCGCCGACAGGAAUGUGGCCUCUGAUCUUGUGUACGAGUUAAGCUAUGAAACGCCCACCUGCAUUAAGUGCGGAUCGAGUUACCGUUACAGUUGCAAAAGUAAAUUCAGAUUCAUCUGCGAGAAGACGGCAUAUUUAUACCCGGAUAUUCCUGAAGAGGUCCAAGGUCUCUGUCAACUGCCUUUCGAGCCGAAUUCAAUCAAGUGACUUCACCCCACUUCUCCCCAUUCAAUCUAGCUCACCUUCAAUCUCCAUUCUUUCAUCAUCUCCUACCCUCACUUCCCCUCCUUCCUACCCCAGCCUCCACUACUCACAUCCCCAUUCUGCACCCUACUCUCCUUCUCCCCACCUAGACCACUCUUCUCCCCUUCCUGCCCCGAACUACCCCACAUCCCUCCAUUUACUCCUCCUUCCUACCGACUCCUCUUCUCACUCUGCCCUUCUUCUCACAAACUCAUUCCGCUUCUCCCCAUCUAUCUCUUUCUCUUACCCCAGUCCCUGCCUCUCCUCUCUCCGUUCUCUCCACCCACUCUCACGUCAAUACUGUGCAUACAAGCUCUCGAUGCCCCAACCAAGAGGAAAAAAGGCUGUGUAUUCACCCUAUCUAUG